AUGCCACGAAGAGCGUGCUAUACCUGUCGUUCCAGCAAGGUCCGCUGCAAAGUCCAGGAAGGCGAAGCUGGUUGUGAAAGAUGCGCGACGAGACAGAUUCACUGCUCGUACAUACCAAAGUCCCAACCUUCGUCUCGCUCAGAUCCCAUGCCCAGCUCCCCAUGGGCAGCUUCUGAGCACAGUGUCGGUUUUGAGCCUCCUCCAAUGAGACAAGCUAACCAAGACUAUCGGAUGGAACGCGGGACUCUGGGGUUAGACGUUGGAAAGGGACGCCCAGAGGAUCUCCUCAGAGAGGGAGAGUUUACUCAUUCUCUGAUCCUCCUGUAUUUCAGCAACUUUAGCGAUAUUCACUUCAUGUUUGACGAAGAGCUAUUCCUUGCCGACUUUUCCACCAGUCAGAUUCCCAAGGUCAUUCUCUAUUCUAUCAUGGCGCUGAGCAUUCGAUUCUCGAUGGCACCAUUCACCGAAGAUCUACCACCGUGCCAUAGAGGGGAGCUUCUUUUUAAGCACGCCCGAAGCAUUCUAGUCGAAGACUUUGAUUGGCCAUCAGUUCCGACAAUCCAAGCUUACCUCUUGCUGGGUACCUACAAACUGGCAUUUGGCGGCUCGAGACAAGCAUAUGUGUAUCUUGGCUUUGCGGCGAAUAUGCUUAGAGCUCUGAGACUUCUAGAUAUCAGCGAGGGGGAGCCAUCUGUCUCUGUGGAGACACACAGACGGCUCAUUUGUACCAUGGCACUCAUGGAUAGACUGAUAUCCUUUCCACUUAGGUUGACACCGCACUUUUCUCGCCGAGACAAGAUUCCCCACAUGUUACACGACGACGAGUUUCUAGCCUUGAAACGAGGUAGAGCAAAUCAGACUUUGGGAGCGCAUUCAAAUGUCAAAGCUUCCAGUGUGUCUCAGGAAGUCAUGUUCCUUUCAGAGAUACUAGCAGAGCUUUACGAGCUGUUCCAUGAUGGCCAGGAUGAUGUUUAUCAAGUUCUAUCCAGGUUCACGCGUCAUGCAGCAACAAGAAGUGCUAGCCUUCUUUGGACUCCCUCCAAUAUCUCUCAUCACUUGCUCCAUGAUACCCUUCGGCAGUUUGCAUAUAUGCACCUGCUAUAUCACCACAUCGGCCAACUAGUCCACUUCAAAGCCCUUAGGCCGACCUCGACCCAAAAACCAUACGCGAAUGUUUAUAUGGGUGAAACAUUUGUAAACAUGUUUAGUCGCGACAAGUCGAUCUGGGCAAGGAUGUUCAAUGACAACCCUCAUCUUCUGCGCCAGAUGCUAUAUCUUGGGAGCUACUAUGAAAAGUUUGACCCUCGGACUGCAGGGCGCCGGAUAGGGAUCGAGGCACUGCUAGAGUCAAGGUGA